GCUAUGUCUGGUGUGCAGUCGUGGAGACCGCAUUGGGGAGAUCUCGAUUCUUGACUGUUCUCAAGGAAAGUUGGAAACUCAUGAAAAUGCUGGAGUCGUGUACCGGCCUUGGUGUGCAGGGCUUGUCUGCUUAUCUCUGUAGAGCUGAAGGGAUUUUCUUGUCUUCAACCAAGCUUCUGAUGCAGAACUGAACAAAACCACAUAACUAUCUAGCACAGGGCAUAGUGAUGCUUGCUUUGUUGUGCAUUGACCUGCAUUGACAGUCGUCAUUGGAUUUGUGCUUCUACUGCAAGGCUGGACAGAUUCACACAGUUUCUGAUUUUGUUUUUUGGGGAAGAAUGAUUGUUGUUCGAGACAUAUAAUCCCUGGGUCUACGUCUUUAUUGUUUUCAAACUAUCCUCUCAGAACUUGGUGGGACAAGUUGUUGGAGUGGCCAGGUUUAUAGUCACUGAAACCCGACUCUAUACGAGUAUGGCUGACACUGAGAAUGUCACUGUGGCGUCCAAUGUACUAGGAACUAUCGGAACGGUUCUCUGGUGCAUUCAGCUGAUCCCACAAAUAUGGUAUAAUUGGCGACAGAAGAAGACAGACGGCCUGCCGCCGUCUAUGAUGUUUCUAUGGGCUUCUUGCGCUGUGCCCAUGGGAGCAUACUUGAUUCUCCAGAAAGUGAAUAUACCGUUGCAAAUACAGCCGCAGAUAUUCGGCUUCUUUUCGCUAGUCAGCUGGGGCCAGGUUUUAUAUUAUAAUCACAACUAUAGCCAAACCAAGGCAAUCUCCUUGGUAAUUGGCACGGCAGCACUGUUCGGUGGUCUUGAGGCGUUGCUGAUUCUCACAUUGCGAAUACCCUACAAUAAAGGUGUCACCUGGCCAGAUGUGGUCGUCGGCGUCGUUGCGGCUGUCCUGCUGGCGUCGGGGCUUCUACCACCGUAUUUCGAGCUAUGGAAGCGAGACGGGCGUGUGAUUGGCUUUAAUUGGUUCUUUUUGGCCAUUGAUACCCUAGGUGGCCUCUUUUCUCUUUUUGCAUUAGCCGCACAGGGCACAUUUGAUAUCCUCGGAGGAGUCAUGUACAUCAUAGUGGUCGUCUUGGAAGUCGGCAUCUACGCGAGCCAUAUCGUUUGGCGCAUUCGCUACCGGAAAUUACGAAAAGAAGCCAAAGCUGCUGGCGUCAGCAUUGAUGAGAUGUUGAGUAUGCACAGGAGUGAGACUGAGCAGGUGAAUGAAGCUGAGAAGAGUCCUGGCGAUAUUGAGAGUCAGAUUGCUGUGGACCAACGGCAAGCUUCAGUCGAGGUCGUUGAGCAGCCUGAAUUGAAUGAGAAGGCAUGA